CGCGCCGGGGGCGCCGGGGGCCCGCUCGGCCGGCCGCCCCCCGCUCGGGCUCGGCUCCCCGCUCGCCCGCCGCUCGCCGGCCCGGGCCCUGGGCGCGUGCCCGCCCGCCGAGCCCCGCCCGCUCCCUGCCAUGUAUCCGCAGGGCCGCCAUCCGGCUCCCCAUCAGCCCGGGCAGCCGGGGUUUAAAUUCACGGUGGCCGAGUCCUGCGACCGCAUCAAAGACGAGUUCCAGUUCCUGCAAGCGCAGUAUCACAGCCUCAAAGUGGAGUACGACAAGCUGGCCAACGAGAAGACGGAGAUGCAGCGCCACUACGUGAUGUACUAUGAAAUGUCCUACGGCUUGAACAUUGAGAUGCACAAGCAGACGGAGAUUGCAAAGCGGCUGAACACAAUUCUAGCCCAGAUCAUGCCUUUUCUGUCUCAAGAGCACCAGCAGCAGGUGGCACAGGCCGUGGAGCGUGCCAAGCAGGUCACCAUGACGGAGCUGAACGCCAUCAUCGGGGUACGUGGACUCCCCAAUCUGCCUCUCACCCAGCAGCAGCUCCAGGCCCAGCACCUCUCCCACGCCACGCACGGCCCCCCGGUCCAGCUGCCACCCCACCCUUCAGGCCUGCAGCCGCCGGGGAUCCCCCCUGUGGCCGGGAGUAGCUCGGGGCUGCUGGCGCUCGGUGCCCUGGGCAGUCAGGCCCACCUGACGGUGAAGGAUGAGAAGAACCACCACGAGCUGGACCAUCGAGAGAGAGAGUCGAGCACGCCACACCCGGCUGUGCUCAGGGCUUACUCCUGGCUCUGUGCUCAGGGAUCACCCCUGGCGGUGCUCGGGGGACCAUAUGAGAUGCUGGGGAUCAAACCGGGGUCGGCCGUGUGCAAGAAUAACUCCGUGUCGCCCUCGGAGAGCCUGCGGGCCAGCGAGAAGCACCGCGGCUCCGCCGACUACAGCAUGGAGGCCAAGAAGCGGAAGGCCGAGGAGAAGGACAGUCUGGGCCGAUACGACAGUGAUGGGGACAAGAGUGACGACCUGGUGGUGGAUGUUUCCAACGAGGACCCCACGACACCCCGGGUCAGCCCCGCACACUCCCCCCCUGAAAACGGGCUGGACAAGGCCCGGGGGCUGAAGAAGGACGCCCCCACCAGCCCUGCCUCCGUGGCCUCAUCCAGCAGCACACCCUCCUCCAAGACCAAAGACCUGGGCCACAACGACAAAUCGUCCACCCCCGGGCUCAAGUCCAACACGCCAACCCCCAGGAAUGACGCCCCGACUCCGGGUACCAGCACGACCCCAGGGCUGCGGUCAGUGCCGGGUAAAGCUGCAGGCAUGGACCCGAUGGGUAUAAUGGCCUCAGCCCUGCGCACCCCCAUCUCCAUCACCAGCUCCUACGCGACUCCCUUCGCCAUGAUGAGCCACCACGAGAUGAAUGGCUCCCUGACCAGCCCGAGCGCCUACGCAGGGCUGCACAACCUCCCGCCCCAGAUGACCGCGGCCGCGGCAGCUGCCGCCGCCUACAGCCGGUCGCCAAUGGUGAGCUUUGGAGCUGGCUGGCCCUGUCUUGCCGUGCAGGUCGGCUUCGACCCUCACCCCCCCAUGCGGGCCACGGGCCUGCCCUCCAGCCUCGCCUCCAUUCCUGGCGGAAAGCCAGCCUACUCCUUCCACGUGAGCGCCGACGGGCAGAUGCAGCCCGUGCCCUUCCCCCACGACGCCCUGGCGGGCCCUGGCAUCCCCAGGCACGCCCGGCAGAUCAACACGCUGAGCCACGGGGAGGUGGUGUGCGCCGUGACCAUCAGCAACCCCACGCGGCACGUGUACACGGGCGGCAAGGGCUGCGUGAAGAUCUGGGACAUCAGCCAGCCGGGCAGCAAGAGCCCCAUCUCCCAGCUGGACUGCCUGAACAGGGACAACUACAUCCGCUCCUGCAAGCUGCUGCCCGACGGACGGACGCUCAUCGUGGGCGGCGAGGCCAGCACGCUCACCAUCUGGGACCUGGCCUCGCCCACGCCCCGCAUCAAGGCCGAGCUCACCUCCUCGGCGCCCGCCUGCUACGCCCUGGCCAUCAGCCCUGACGCCAAAGUCUGCUUCUCCUGCUGCAGUGAUGGCAACAUCGCCGUGUGGGACCUGCACAACCAGACGCUGGUCAGGCAGUUCCAGGGCCACACGGACGGGGCCAGCUGCAUAGACAUCUCCCACGAUGGCACCAAGCUGUGGACCGGCGGCCUGGACAACACCGUGCGCUCCUGGGACCUGCGGGAGGGCCGGCAGCUGCAGCAGCACGACUUCACCUCGCAGAUCUUCUCGCUGGGCUACUGCCCCACGGGGGAGUGGCUGGCCGUGGGCAUGGAGAGCAGCAACGUGGAGGUGCUGCACCACACCAAGCCCGACAAGUACCAGCUGCACCUGCACGAGAGCUGUGUGCUCUCCCUCAAGUUCGCCUACUGCGGCAAGUGGUUUGUGAGCACGGGGAAGGACAACCUCCUCAACGCCUGGAGGACGCCCUACGGGGCCAGCAUAUUCCAGUCGAAGGAGUCCUCGUCCGUCUUGAGUUGUGACAUUUCAGCGGAUGACAAAUACAUUGUAACAGGCUCUGGUGACAAGAAGGCCACGGUGUAUGAGGUCAUCUACUAAACCAGGACUCGACAGGGCUGUCGACUCCCAGAGACAGACUCCGCUGGGACAGGCGGCCGGCCAGUGCCCAGGACGGCGGGGGCUGGGCUGCUCUGCGGGCUGAGCCGGUCCGUCCCACGGGACCCCAGCCCUCACCCCUCCCUGUCUCUCCUGCCCCUUCCUUCCGACCUGUCCCCCUGCCCGGUCGGGGACACUGGAGCGGACCCCGUCUGCGCUGGGGGAGGGGCUCCCGCACCCUGUCUGUGAAACGUGUACAUACAGAAACUCCUAUGGACCGUGGGCGGGGAGGGCCCGCCGGAACGCUCGCUGUGUAUCUCGCCUGCUGUAUCGCGGCCCACGCGUGGGCGGCUUUCUUGUUUUCUCUCAAACGAGUUCCAAGCUGGGGAGGGGUUGAACGCGGAGAAGGGGCUGGGGGCACCGGGGCAGGCGCAUGUGACCCUGGACGGUGCCGCUGCCCGGCCCCGCCCUGCUCAGGUGCUGAGCGCCCCUGUCCCCACCUCUGCUGCACUCGCCCCUCCCCGGGAGACGUGCAAGCAAGGACACGCCCCGUCCGCCCGUCCCGGCUCGGACACGACCUACAGUGGACAAAGUUAGAGGCAAGCAUGGCAGCUCAGCUCAGGGAGCCCAGAGACAAGGAGCAGCUGAUGUGGGUGUGUUUUUUUUUUUUUUUAAUUGGAAUAAAAAGAAUUAGAAGUGGUUUUUUUUUUUUUUUUUUUUUUUUUUUUAAUUAAAGUGAACGCUUUCCUCCCCUGCCCCAGCCUCUUCCUCUGCCCCGAGUGGGGAGAGCGUGCGGCGGGCCGGGACCAGGUGAGGCUGCAGCCCCACCCGCAGCAGGGGACACAGCUGCCUGCAGGGGCCACGCGGCCUUCCCAGGUGUCCUGAGACACUGGGACUUGGGCUGUUUGUUUUUUCCUUCGGGCUGUCUUCCUUUUGUUCCUCGCCCCCUGGUGAAGGAAGAGUGAAGCCGCUGCGGGCCUGGCGGGGGCUCUGGAUGGCGCCUCGGAGGAGGGUUUUUAUACUGUGUUCCUGUGGCUGUGACGCAUGGUUCCACCUGGAGAGAAGGCCCUGCUCCCCUGUGCUGGGCUCGCUGCGGGGGGGGGGGGGCAGCCCGGACGCCCCCGUCUCUGAGCACACGUCUGCCCCUCCCCCCACUCCACGUUGAAGCUCGAGCCGAAAGGGAGGGCAGGACGAGAAGAAGCCAAUUCCUGAAGAAAACAGAAAAUGAAAAGUCGUUGUAAUGAGCUGUUUUUAUAUUUUUAAAAGUUACUAUUUAAAGGUUG